AUGCACCCAGCAGCAGCAGCAGCAGCAGCAGCAGCAGCAGCAGCAGUUGGAGCAGCAGCAGCAGCAGCAGCAGCAAUUGGAGCAGCAGCAAACAAGGGAUUACGCAAACCCCACACCCCCCAGCAGCAGCAGCAGCAGCAGCAGCAGCAACAACAACAGCAGCAGCAUCACCACCAUCACCACCACCGCCACCAACAGCAGCAGCAGCACCACCACCACCAACAGCAGCAACAGCACCACCACCACCACCACCAACAGCAGCAACAGCAGCAACAGCAGCAGCAACAGCAACAGCAGCACCACCAUCACCACCACCGCCACCAACAGCAGCAGCAGCACCACCACCACCAACAGCAGCAACAGCAGCACCACCACCACCACCAACAGCAGCAACAGCACCACCACCACCAACAGCAGCAGCAGCAGCAGCAGCAGCAGCGGGGGGUAUAG